AUGGCUCCAAAGAUUAACGGCCUGGGCAUUAUGCCCGAGGACACGCGGAUCUGCGUCGUCAUGGUCGGGCUUCCAGCCCGAGGCAAAAGCUACAUUGCCCAGAGAGCCCAGCGAUACCUAAAAUGGCUGUCCGUCCCGGCGGCAACCUUCAACGUCGGCAACUAUCGCCGCGAAAAUGCCCCCCAUCCGUCCGCCGACUUCUUUGAUACCAACAAUGCCGAGGGCGAACGCCAGCGCCGCGCAGCCGCCAAUGCUGCCGUGGCAGACAUGCUCAAGUGGUUCAAAAGUGGAGGGGUUGUCGCGAUCCUAGAUGCCACCAACAGCACCAAAGAGAGGCGGAAAUGGGUCCUCGAACGGAUCUCGAGUGAGGGUAUCGAGGUCAUAUUUGUCGAGUCCAAGUGCGACGAUGAAGAGCUGGUUAUGGCCAACAUCCGCGAUGUCAAGGCCACCUCACCGGAUUACGUCGGCCAGGAUCCUGAGAAGGCGGCGCUGGACUUCCGGGAACGGAUCCGCAACUACGAGAAGGUGUACAAGUCGAUCAACGAUGACAAGGAUGAGGACCACUUGACAUAUCUCAAGAUCAUGAACGUCGGCAAGAAGGUCUUCAUCAACCGCAUCCAGGACUACCUACAGAGCCGCGUCGUCUACUUCCUCAUGAACCUCCACAUCCGCCCACGUUCUGUCUGGCUCUCUCGUCAUGGGGAGUCCAUGUUCAACCUAGACGGCCGGAUUGGCGGUGACGCAACGCUCUCGCACCGCGGCGAAGAGUACGCCUUGAAACUUCCCGAGUUGGUCCGCGAGUCUGUCGGUAGUGACCGGCCAUUAACGGUCUGGACCUCGACGUUGAAACGGACCAUCGCCACCGCCCGCCACCUGCCGAAACACUACAAUCAGCUACAAUGGAAGGCGCUCGACGAACUUGACGCCGGGGUGUGCGACGGCAUGACGUACCAGGAGAUCGCAGAUCAGUAUCCGGAGGACUUCCAAGCGCGCGACGAAGACAAGUACAACUACCGCUACCGCGGCGGCGAGAGCUACCGCGAUGUUGUCAUCCGUCUCGAGCCCAUCAUCAUGGAGCUCGAGCGCAGCGAGGACAUACUCAUCAUUUCGCACCAGGCCGUUAUCCGCUGCAUCUACGCCUACUUUAUGCAGAAAACGCAGGAAGACAGCCCCUGGGUACCCGUGCCCCUGCACACCCUGAUGAAGCUGACGCCGCGCGCUUAUGGCACCGAGCUGCAGAGUUAUCGCGCCAACAUCAAGGCCGUCAGCACCUGGCGCGGCAAAGGUAGCACAGCGAAACACGAGGAUCCCGCGCCGGAGGGUGGUAUCUGA